AUGAUGCAAAAGAUCACCUUUUUCUCUGGACUGAUCCUAUCAGCAACUUGCAUGGUGUUGCACCAGCAACAGCCAGCGAUACCGCAGGUUCAAUAUGACAAUCCGAACUACAACUUCGCGUAUGACGUCAACGACGGCUAUACCGGAGAUAUCAAGAGUCAGCACGAAAGCAGACGAGGUGACACUGUAUUGGGCCAGUAUUCUUUGCUUCAACCGGACGGAAUCAGGAGAACUGUGGAUUACAGAGCCGACGACCACGCUGGAUUCCAAGCAAAUGUCAACAGCCAAGGCCUACCUGUAUCCCAACAUGCCAAUGUUGGCUAUCCUGCUUCGGAUCCUCAACUGAAUCAAGUCUACCAACAUGCAAACCCAACCUCUGCUCCAAUCCCAGUAGCAGUAUCUAGGACAUCGUAUGUUCAGACCGUUUCAAGUCAUGGACACAAUCUGUGGGCUUAAUUAUCCAUUACUCGGGUUUGCUAAACGAUCAAUGUUAACUCUAGUUUGCAUUUAUAUUUCUAUGUAGUCAGUAAGUGAACGAUAUAAUACGUAAUUGAGCACCGGUCCGGCUGACCUUGCAGCCACGCACUUAUUAAAAAGGAAAUUGGUUUUUGUGGCGUAACUCAUUUCUAUCGUACCAUAUUUGAAAUAUGUAUGUAUUUGUUUAUAUAUUUUUUCAAUGAAAUAA